GCUCGCAACCCUCGAUCCCCUUUCCUCCCCCUCGCUGACGCGAAACCCUCGCUAGGUUUCCUCCAGGCCGCGCCGCCGGUCCCUUGUGCGCAGCUCCUUCCGGCGACAUGGCGGGCGGGUAGGGUCCCUCCUCCUCCGCUGCUCCUCCCGUUGGCGUGACCCGCCCCGCCCCCGCCCCGGUCUCCAGCAGCAGCAACAGGCCCGCCCGGCACUCUACUCCGGCGGACGCCGCCAAACUCCGGCUGGCGCCUCCUCUCCAAAAUUUCAUCUCCCCCUCCCGAUCUAGCAAGACGCCGUCACGCGCACCGGCACACAAGGGAGAGAUGAUGAAGCCCGGCUCCCGCAAGCGCCGCGCCUCGCCGCCUGCGCCGUCGGCCCCCGUCACGCUGCCGCCGCCGGGCUUCGUGGCGGACAGGGAGGAGGCGGCGGCCCGCGUGGAGCGGCUUCUCCAGUACCAGUUCAACAACCGCUCCCUGCUCGAGGAGGCGCUCACCCACCAGUCCUUCGCCGCCGCCUCGUACCAGAGGCUCGAGUUCGUCGGGGACGCGGCGCUUGGCCUCGCCUUCUCCAACUUCCUCUACCUCACCAACCCCACCGUCGGCCCCGGCGCGCUCUCCACGCUCCGGGCUGCCAACAUCUCCACCGAGAAGCUGGCGCGCGUCGCCGUGCGCCACGACCUCUACCCGCUGCUCCGACGCAACUGCCCUCGCCUCGAUCUGUUGGUAGGACAGUUUAUCCAGUCAGUGAAACAAGAGUUAGAGGAUGACCUUGGCACUACGCCCUAUGGUGGCAGUGUAUUUAAGGCUCCCAAGGUGCUUGCUGAUAUGGUUGAGGCCAUUGCUGCUGCUGUCUAUGUGGAUUGCAACUUUAAUCUUGAGAAGCUCUGGAAGGUAACAAGGUUCCUCUUUGAGCCCAUUGUCACGGCAGAAACAAUAGAUGAGCAACCUGUGUCUAUGUUGCAUGAACUGUGCCAGAAACAUGGGAAAGAUGUAAAAUUCAAGACUUGGCAGAAGGGUGGAACAACGGUUGUAAAUGUAUUUGUUGGUGGGGCACUUGUUGGGAUGGGGUCCUCAGAGCAGAUGGUAAUCGCUAAGCUCAAUGCCACACGGGAUGCAUUAAGCAAGCUUCUUGGUGGAGGCAAUCAGCAAGUCUUGACAACUGGAGUUGGCCAUGGAUUGGGGGUUGAGGUUGGAGAGCUUAGGGAAUGCAAGCAGAAGCUUAUUGAGCAGUGCAGCAGGAAGCAUUGGCCAAAACCCAUCUUUAAGUUAGAGAAGGAAGAUGGCCCGGCACAUGAUAGGACAUUUGUUUACUCCGUUCAGGUAGAAGCCCAAGGUGGUAUUUGGGUAACUUUAAGUGAUAAGAUGUCAAGGGUAAAGGAUGCGGAGAAUUCUUGCGCGCAGAAGAUGUUGGAACAUCUAUUGAAAUUAUUUGCUUAUCUCGUCUGUUCAAGAAAUUCUCUGGUUUGUGGUUGUUGAACUGUGCUUUUUCAACAGUUGCUUUAUAAACACUCUAGGAAAAUGUUAGAAGACGGGAUUUUCUUCUGUUAACAAACAGCAAAAUUGGCAACCCGAGUUAUCGCAGCACACUCAGGUCAUUUUCGAUUCAGUGAUUCACACAAUAACAAACGAAAUCUGGGCCUUGGUUCACGGUCAAAGAACUAUGUGUCGACUAGCUAUGUUUCUGAUAUACGGAAAUUUAGCCACAUUUUAUGACAGUAAUACUGAGCAGCUUUCCAACCAUCUAACGCCCUGCGCGUUUCUGGCCAUCCAUUUUCGCGACUUGGGCAACCUUGGCCGUUAGUCUGUUGUCUACUCCGGCUUUCACCGUACAUUCUGAUUCCUGGGCCAAAAAGUCCUAGAGGGCUGCUUUUCCAGAGGAAAAUUUGAAGCCCUAUGGUAAACUAGGCGGAGGGGGGGGGGGGGGGGGGGGGGGGGAGUGAGCUGAUGUGGACGGUCGCUGCUAGAGAGAGGAGGCGAUGGAUUGAUCGGCCCCACAGUUUAGGGCAAUGAGAGCCUGUGCGGGAGAUGUAGGCCGACACUAUGGCUGUUUGGUUGAGCACAACUGCUCCGUUGGGAUUUGAAGAACCAAUCAUUCUUCGGUUUCUCUGCAUUCAUGGCAGGUGAUGUGCCCAUCCUUCCGCUGCCUCGGUACAGGUGAUGCUCAUACUGGUUGUGGUCAAUUUAUUUGGGCAUCUUGGAGGCUUGUACUCCCAUUUUCUUACUUCCGAAAUUCUUCAACUGAUAAUUUCCGAUGGCCUCUGACAGAUUUGUUUUUGGUCUCUAUUGCAGAAUAGUGGCGGGGGAGCAGGCUCUGGAAGCUUGUGUAUUUGGUUGGGGUUAAAAUUUUGAGCACCCGAGAGGUUGAGAAGCUGCUACUAACGUGCUAAUUAGCUCAUGCUGUGUGCUGAUUAACCUGGUGCCUUUUAGAUGUUAAGCUUUUGCUGUGACCCAAGCUUAUCUUUGAGCUUUCUCCUUUUGCACGACUUUAAAAUCUUGGUGGAGGCUACUUCUAUUGAUAAAUUAGUGGGAAUACAGGUUUAUCUGGUGUUCCAAAAAUGUCCUCAAUGCGUAAAUUUAAUUUUUGAGUGAAUGAUUGCUAUAUCGACACACAUACAUAACUUUUACUUAUGAUGACUUCCCUUCUGUCCAUGCUUACCCUUUAUACAAAUACAAUUAUGUUAACGGCUUCGGUAUCCCCAUACAUACUGUUGUCUUCUGUCCAUAAUAUUAUUUUCUCACGAUUUUAUUUCAUUGUUGAUAUGAUCCCUAGCAUUUUAUAUGGCGAUCCUCAAUGAAUUUUCUUGAGGAUAUUUUUUAACCGAGCUCAUUUUUUUCUUUCUGAUUUGAUGUCUUGUCCUUCGAUUCUUCUCCCUUCAUGAUCAGGUCUAUUUGGAAAGCCUGCUCACUGAUGUAUUGCUUGAAGGCAAAGAAAUCUUUAAGAAUGUAAUUCAUGUAUAUAUUUGCACUAACCUCUCGAACUAUGGAAUGUAAUAAUAAAUGUUUCUGAAAUUUUGCAGAAAUAGUGAUUUUUCACUGAGAUGGUAAAAACAAAAUGCACAAGUGAUAGAGCAUAAAUGAGCUUCGGGUAAACCUGUCUGGUCUGGCACGUCAAGGUCAUACUUGUACACCAGCUUCCCACCAUCGUUGUUAUCGCCAACAAUAUGAAGUGGUGCAGGGCCCACCAGAGAACGUGGAAUUGAAACGACGUCGUGAGUUCGGGUCAGAGCCGUGGCUCGAAUCGUCAUUGACGUCCUGAUCCGUGGAUCAGUUGUGAUGCUUUCCGGUAGCGACGGCAGUGGGAUAGAGUAAAUGCAGCCAUGGGUCGAUGGGAGCAGCUGUCUUCUACCUGGCGGCUCCUGUUCUUGUUCUGUCGAGAGCAGCGAGCCGGUGAAACCACCAUCUCUUUAGGGUUAGGGCCUCUCUGCUCCGGUGAACAUGGAGUUUUUUGAUGCAGCCGAUCAACAGCAGAACUCUGCUAGAGGAGGUGAACGACAGCGACAUACCCAUGGAGCCUCUGCACUAUCCUGUUAGGCCGCUGCCGGACGGGGAGGUGCCAGCGGCGACCGCCUCUAGUGCGGACGAAUCUGUGCUGCGGAGGCAGGGACCUCAAGAUCUAACCUGUAUUCGGGCGUUCUGUUCAUGCAGCAGAACUCUGCUAGAGGAGGUGAACGACAGCGACAUACCCAUGGAGCCUCUGCACUAUCCUGUUAGGCCGCUGCCGGACGGGGAGGUGCCAGCGGCGACCGCCUCUAGUGCGGACGAAUCUGUGCUGCGGAGGCAGGGACGGCAGAUAAAAAGCUCAAGCAUCUGAACACUACAUAGAGCAGAUUGACCGCAAGACUCCUGGGUGGAUGCCAAGGUAUGCAUUUUUGACUGCCACAUCUUUAGCUGGAAAUGAAAUUCUGCUCUGCUACCUGUUAUGAUUAGAUGACAUCUGAAUCUGGGGUUGAAAUUAGUACGUAGGUAUAUUUUCUUGUGGUAAUGAGAGUAGUUUCUCAUGCUUGAAGUGUGUCGCAUGAAAAGCUUUAUUACAAAAUUGAGUUCUGUGCAAUAAUUCUGGAAAUGUGGGAAGGUUAAUGGGAUUGUAACGUUUAUGGUAGAAUCCAGUUUGGUAAUUUUUGUCCCCUAUAUGGUAAUACAUCAUCUGUUAAUCGAUGGAUUUAUGUGAAAUUACCCAGUCAUCAAGUAUUUUGGGGUGUUUGCUGAAGUUGGAAGACUCUGUUUUCUGUAGUAAAUACUGUUAUGUUCAUUCAGGAUCAGGAUUGGUGCUGCUGCACUAGGCCGUGCCCUAAUAGAAUGCAUGUCAGCAAUGGAGAAAUCAGUCCGCGGGUUUGCUGAGGAUCCUGGUGAUCCCCGUGACUUUGAUUUUGAUUGGCGACAUCUGUUGGUUGGUUAUCUAUUUUCUCAGUGCAAUCUGGGUGCUUGCAGCGGGGCAUAGCAUACAUCUGCAUCAGAUCGGAACUGUCGUUUGCAAACUUAAAAGGUUAGAAGUUAGAACACCCAGAUUAAAUGGAUCAUCGAAUACGGCACAUCUGACGUGAAAACUAAAAAUUACCGUGCAAUUCGACUAUGACGUGACGCUCGUCCCAAUGUCAGUUGCCAUAGUUAUCAUCCUUCUGAUGCUUGUCUGAUCGAAGACGCUUAUCCGAGGAAGGACAUCAUGCUGCUUGUUGAACAUCCCAAGUCAAUGUUGUCAAGAAAGAAUAUGUGAAAAGUGAAAACAUAAAUAAAUCUAUCGUCAAUAAAAGCCACAACCCCUGACGAGAUACAUAACAUGUUAAAGAAACUGACCUGCAAGAACAAAUGACAACCAACUAAAUUAUUUUUGGGUUGUUUGCCAACAUGUCCUUAAGCCGUUGAUCUGCCUAGAAGAGGCACUCAACCACAUACUCGCACCAAUUGAAUUGUGAGAUUGUCUCUGUGUUGGCAAGUGCACCACAGUAGUCUAUGGUAGCAUAAUCAUAUUUUGUUGUUGGCACCAAAACAUGGCCCGUUACGAAAAUGACGAAUGCAAUCUGGAAACAGUCCAUUUCUUGAAACUUUAGAAUUUUGCAUAUCACUACCAUUUUUUCAUUUGAAUAUAGAAUAUACAUUUGGUGAUUCCCCGUAGAUUCUUUGGACAGUAUAAUAUAGUAUACACAUGGUGACUUGGUAGCUUAGGCAGACUGUACUUGAUGACCCCAAAUAAUCCAAAAAGAGCAACGAGAAUGUAAAAUUUAUGCACUUACAUCGACUGAAAUUUGGCAGUCCCUAAAUUUUGACUUGAAUGCAUUUGGAAGGGGAAUAUUUGUUUUCUACCAUGGACGGGACCAAAAUAAGGCAGUAACAAAAGUAAAUAAGUGCUCUGAAAAUUGGUUUUGCUCGUAUGUAACUUCUGUUUGGUCAACUAGAUCAUCCAGUGGUAUCUUUAAGUCCCAGUCCCAGGUCUCGGGUCCUAGUUCAGUAAACCAGAAAUACAGCUUGGGUUAUUUACUUACUGCCAAUUUGAUUUGUAGGGAGUCUGCCAAUUGAUUUCCAAAACCUUGAAUCUUUGAUGUAUAGAUGGUUUGGAUGGUUAUUUUGCUUUUCUAUGAAAUAUGAUACUACUAGCUGGAAUUCAAUGCUUAUGAUUUUCAUUAUAUUAUAGAAGAGGGGAGACUAAUCCAUAUACUUGCUGUGGUCAAUUAAGUCAACAGCCUUCAGUUAAUGUGUACUCUUGCGUUGAAGCCAGUCGUUUAUCUUCUCAUUUUCUUCAUCAAAAUCAAUUCUACUCUGAAACAUAUCUGGCUAUUACUGACGCCAUGGGUGAAGGAAGUAGGACAGGAAAAAACUUGGGGAUUCAGUAUAUGUUACAUUCCAGUUUAACAUAAACGCAUGGAUGGAAGGUAAUCUCCACAGGUUUGGAGUGAUGGAGUUCUUUCAGUUGUUUGUCUUUUGCUUGGUCUGAUUCAAUGGGUAGCUAAAGCUUCUUUUUUUUGCUUGGUAUGAUUGAAUGGGUAGCUAAAGCUUCAGUUAUCGCAGUUAUCGGUCUUUUUGCUGGACUAAUUAAGUAGAUAGCUACCUUGUAUGAUGAAAAUUUCAGACUUCUUGCGGUGUGUGGCCACACUUUUGUGCUGAACAAACUUAUCAUGCAUGGAUAUCGCAUCUAUCUAUGUCUCAAUAUACUGAAACGUGAGUUUAUUAAA